GUGACAAGUUGAAACGUUCUAGUCAAAUGGAACCAGGUAAAAUAUAUAGGGACCCAAACCUACGCUUGAAUGAUCAAGAAUGGCUUCGAAUGGAUAGUGCGACAGAUCGUCUUAGUGCUUUAGCAGGUCCAUCUACUUUACAAUCUUUAAUAGAUACAAUUACUAAAGGAGUAGUUGAUAAAUUUUCUUCCUUCUUGCCUAAGAAAAAUGGAGGAAAU